AUGAGAUUUCUAGCAACUUCACUGGAUACAGGGGCUGUCAAAGAAGUGAUUUGCUGUAGUGGAACAGAUACAUCUAAGAAGGAUGCUACUCAACCACAAUUAAUUAAAGAUGUUUGUCUUGAACCUUUGUCCUCGUCAGCUACGAGAGUUAUUCAUUUACAGUUAUUUAAUUCUAAAUAUGUCCUAGCGACACGAUUAGGAGGAAGCCUCUGUGUUUAUGAGAACAGCUAUUCUAAUAAUGAAGGAGAUAAUUUUAAUCUUCUUCAUACCUAUAUGUUGGAGACAUCGAAAGAUGAUAUUCCUAUUGCUUUAAUUAAGUUGGAGAAUGUUGAUAUAGUAUUGGUGGCAUACAAAUCCGGAAAUGUUUAUAUAGUCAAUUUCAAUGAUGGAAAAUUUGACCUCGAUCCCAUCUCUUUUAAAGUUCCUGGAGACAAGCAAAUGUCGGAUUUCGUAAAUGACCCAAACGAGGUAGGAGUCUUUGCCUAUGGCGGAGAAGAGAACAAUAUAAAGUUGAUUCGAAUAAACCAAGGCCCAAUUUCUAAAGAGUUAUUCAAAAGCAAAAAUCAAUCUUUGAUCCCAUCUGUAAUCUUCUCCUCUAAGAAUGUUAAAAAUAACUACUUAGACAUGAGAGUCCCCAUUUCAAUUAGCAAAAUCAAAUUUUUAGAUCAUCCUGAGGGUAUAUUUAAAUUCUUGGCUGUGACUAAGCAAGGAGAUUUGCAAAUAUAUGAUACUUCUCAUGGAAAAAGACCGGUCGAAUCAUUUAAGCUUUGCAGUAACCCGAUAACCAAUAUAGCCAUUGGUUCGAAACUGCACGAUGAACUUACAUUAACUGAUACACGCGGUCUUCUUGCUAAAUAUUCUUUAUCUAUGAUAGACAAAAGAGCAUUCAAAGAAAAUUCUGCUACUGCUGGGGACAUAUUCCGCCCAUCCUUGAAGCUUUUGGGAAAAUUUUCAUCUGGUGGUAACACGGGUACGAUCAAUGGAAUUAAGAUUUCAGACACUGGAAUCCUUGCAUCUGGCGGCUUGGACAGGUAUCUUAGGGUAUUCAAUACCGAGACUAGAGAAAUUCUUGCGAAGGUAUAUUUAGGGGUAGAAAUAUCAGAUGUUUUAAUCUUGAGUUCUACUGACGCAGGUGAAUCCGUCAUUUCUGAUGAGCCUGAUAUGGGACAAUCAGGCUCUCAAUCAUUACCAAAAAGCAAUGUGGAAGAUGGAAGCAGUGACGGUAGUGAUGAUGAUGAAUAUAUAUGGAAACGGUUGGAAGAAAAUGGCGAGGAAAGUCGAGACAAAAAAAGAAGAAAAGUUAAAUAA